AUGCCGCCAAGGUGCGAGCUCGAGCAAACCUGGCCCUUGGCCCGUGAAGCAGGCGGGUGCCGCGUUGAGGCACCAGCGCCAGUGGCACCCGCAGAGGCGCCACCGGCGCCAGCAGCGCCGGCGCCUGCGGCGACGGAAAGAAGCGAAGCCAACGGUGCCGGCGGCGUGAGCCAGGCCCAGGCCAUACAAGCACCCGCGGCCGCUCAGCGGGAAGUGCAGAGACAGCCUGUGCCGUCUACGCCUGCGUUCGAACGAGUAAAAGCGGAGCCCACGAGCACCAAGACAUUACAAGCUUCGAACGACAGCAACGAGCAGUUGGCACAGCAUGUGGCUCUGGCACAGCCGCAGCACGCCCAGCAAGCGGAGCAAGAUCAGAAAGAGAAAGGGAAGACGGGGAAGAAGGAGAAGCCAAGCAAGCAAACCGUCAAGCCGAAGCGUUCGCUUCCUGGCCUGCCAACUUCCGUCAAGCUUGAAUUGGUGGAGGAUGAGGUGCAGACACCGCAAGGCACUGUGACGGCUAAAGCUGGUGGACACGAGGAGCCGGCCCGUGAUCCUAGGCGACGGCCCGAGAAGGACCAGGACGACGAGCAUGUCCAGGUUCUCGUUGAUCCGUACCUGGAGGUUCCGGCACUUCCGGAGCCCAAGUCCACCUUGUCAGUGGAAGUCCUGAGCCAGCCGCAGCUGCAGCCACUGCAGCCCGUUGCCACUGCAAAGCAGCCGGUGGCAAAACGUCGGACGAGACCGGCUCCCAAGAAAGCCAUUGUCAAGGUGCCGCCACCAGUCCCCGGUAUGGUGACGACCCCGGGUCUAUCAGAAGUCCCCCAGACACCGGGACCUAUGCUCUCACAGCGUGAGAGAGAUAGGAAACUUCAAGAAAUCAAGCUGCUGCUUGAACAGCAAACAUCGGCACCGAUUCCACCGCCACCCCUUACCCCAACACCUUUGGUAUCCAUGACGCCCAUGACCCCUGCGACUCCCAUGACCCCCAUGACCCCCAUGACCCCCAUGACUCCCUCGACACCCAUGACGCCCAUGACGCCCAUGACGCCGAUGUCCAAGAGUGCUUCCAUUGCGCCUCAUGCCGAGGACGAUGCGGAGAAACGUCUCCAGGCCUACUCUCAGUUGCUCCUUGGGGACGAUGAUGCAGCCGAGGCGCCCUGGAAACGCCAGGGCAAGCGACGGCGGGUGGACUUGUGA